GUUCCCAGGUUCUUCUCUCCUCUUCCCGCGAGAGGGAACGGGUUCCUUAGCCUGAGAACGCGGAUGCCUGAAAACUAAGAUGAUUCCGAAAUAAACAAUCAACAAAGUUUGCACAAAAACAGGGUGAUGAAAGUUUCCGCAAAUGCAGAUGAAUAAUGGAACUUACUGAUCAGAUUCGAGGUACUGAUAAGAUGUUUAGCGAUUGUAUUCAAGUGAAUUGGCGUCCUCCGAGAAUUUUGACAAUCUGUUGACGAAAAAUGUCACUUAACAAAAUUUGAAAAACCUAACCCUUUAUUAAAUGUUUCAUGCCGGAAAAAGCUUGAAUUACUCUUUGGAAUGGUGUGAUCAUAACUAGAUACAAACUUUUGAUAAGUCUUCAUAUAUUCACUGUAACACGAGGAUCAAUAGUCAGCCCGUAAAAUAUAUAACGAAAUGUCAUCUUUCAGCAGCGCAUUUCGAUUCAGCUCUUCUGGUGAUAGAUAGCGAUGGAGAAUCUGAAUGGAAAUCUCGUGACAAAUGUUUAAGAGGAUAUCAUUAUACGUCAUUAAUUUUUGAUGAAAAAUUUGUGGAUGAGUGCUGUUAAAAAGAGCAUUUACAGGUACCAAACAUAGACUAGAAGACUCAGUUUUUCCAUCCACUGUCAAGUCCUCUGGGAAAUGUGAAUAUAUGAGAGGAUUAAAACGUACUUUGAACAGCAAGCUAUCAGACCGGAUUUUCGUCAGAAAGAGGGAUGGCUUUGUGUUCAACUUCUGCCAACAAGGAACAACCCUUCCUGCCAUCAAUAGGUAAUAAAGAAAAGCACAGACAUAGCGCAGAAAUCCGCGCCGACGUAGAGGACUUGAAUCGACGAAUAGAAUUUUCUGAGGACAUGAACGAAUCGUCUAAAACAACCGCGAGGAAAGAUUCAUCAUCAAACAAAACUUCUCAAAAAAACGACAUAUGUAAGAGUGGACGAGGCAAAGCGAUCAAAACAAGGACAGACAAAAAGCGAGGAACCCAUUUUCAUUUGCCCCCGCUAUCUUUAAAGCCAGUCGGAAACGCUCGGCCAGUGGAAAGUUGGAGUGCUGCGUUAGGUUUACGGGAGAGCUUUGAGAUUCCUCGUGGUUUCUUGAAUAAACUUACCAACGAGGUGCUCAGAAUCGAUCGACUCUUGAGAGAAGAAGCUAUGUUAAAGCAGAUCAGAGAAACGAGGAUAAUAUCUAGGCAAUUGAGCGAGUCUACGGACAAGCGAAAACUCUCUUCUUUUGGACUUUCAUUGCAACAUACUGCUCGACCAAAAUUUUCCUACUUUCCUUCGCUAACAGAGCCAUCAAUUGAGCGUCCGGGAUCGCCCUUGAAGCCGUGUCGAUCACCAGAAAAUAAAAAUCGAGAGCUAAUUAAUCAACAGGAACUUGAGAUUCAAAGGAAAAUGAAAGCGUUUAAGCAUCGCCAUUCACAUCCCAAGCGUAAAACAAAAUUAAAAUGAGGAAACUAAGUGCAU